ACUUUUCGUCGACGAAUCAAAUUAUUUCCAUUACUUGCGAACUGCGUACCUGAUUUUUACAAUCUUUGAUGUUUAAAAUUUAUUAAAGACUUUUAUGAUGUAUUUUAAAUUUGUGAUAUUAACAUUCACGUUCACAUUCAUCGUUUUCACAUCCGCCCAAUCUUAUGAGGAUAAGCGAUGUAUGUGUGUAUGCCCAAGCCCAGCAGCUGUUCUCAAUAAUACAGCAGGAUCGGACCGCAAACUCUACAUUGGAAAUGUACCACCAAACAAAUGCAAUUGUGAUGGUGUUAUCCUGCCCCGAGUUGGAGAAAUAAUAAAAGGACGAGAACAAGAAUUUUGCCCGCGCUGUGAAUGCAAAUAUGAAAGUAGGAACACCACAAUAAUAAAGGUUGUAGUAAUUAUUGUCAUCUGGGUAAUAAUGCUUUUGGUGGUCUACAUGGGAUUCCUGAUCUGCCUUGAUCCACUUAUCAAUAAGCGAGCUAAGGCUUCUUAUCAGGAACACACAAAUGAAGAUGAUGAAAGCACUAUCAGUGGACCAUCACAGCAACUUGGUGUUAGGGGCAAUGUCUUGAACCGUGUCACUCAUCAGCAGGACAAGUGGAAGAGGCAGGUCCGUGAGCAGCGCCGUAACAUCUACGAUAGGCACACAAUGCUCAACUAGCGACCGCUUAAACCGUGGCAUGUAUUGUACAUCAAGCCAUAGUAUUCAUUUACAUCACUAAUGUAGCAGCCUGCACCAUCCAAUCAUCCACAUCACAAAAAGUUUUUCAAAGGUAAAUUGGCAAUCAAAAUAGCUAAGUAGUUUUUACAGAAAAAUAUACAAUAGUUGAUCUCAAAAAUAACAGCUUCAAUAUUUGCUUACACAUAUAUCACGAGCUAGCAGUAGGGACUAUGGUUUCCGCAACUCCACCUCAGACGCGUAUUUUGCGUAUUAUUAAUCUACACUGUUAACAUUUAUAUUAUUACAAUGUAUUCUUAGACGGUAAAUAUAAAUAUUUUUUAAACUAUACAAUAACCAAUGAUGUAGAUGCCUUAGAGCUACCACGCUCAACCGAUAAUGUGUUUGUAAUGUUCCAUAAUAGUAUUAAAAGUUAAAAAAAAGUCUGUGGAGUAUUUACCAACAUGAUAUAUGGAUUUUGAUAAUUUUUUAACACAUUAAAUAUUGAAAUUAUUAUGCACCUUAGUAUAGCUAUUUACUAAAUCUGUUGUCUAUAUCACAAUUUACAGUGUACUAUAUAAAAUUUACUCCUAACAUUAAAUGUAUAUUGACAUAUUUGGUAGAUUCACACUUUCAUACAAAAUCUAGUGUAAGGCUUUAUUUUGUGUGUGUACUGUUGAGUACCUAUAUAUUGCCAUUCCAAGUCCUAAUUGAAUAAAAGGCCAUUAAAAUUAAUACCUUAUUACCAUAUAAUAGUGUUGUAAACCAUUUAUUACAGUUUACAUGCAAAAAUGUAGUAAACACAUUUUGGCAACACAAAUUAAAUAUAUUUAAUGUGAUAUUGACUUUAAGCCAAAGUAAUAAAGCAUGAACUCUUUAAUGCAUAUGUUAAGUCCUUUCAGGAUGCAUGCCUUCUCUUUUCAAACAAGGCAUUACUGAUGUUGUUUCAUUAUUGGUGAUAAAAAGUGUAGCAAGUGUGAAAAGGACAGAUGAAUAGUGCCUUUUAGUGACUCCAAUUAUUGAGUGAUGAUCGUGAAUCUACCAAAUUCUACAUCAAUGUUGUUAUAUGAAUUAUUUUUUUGAUUGAUUAAUUAAUAUAUUCCAGUAUCGUGGAGUAUUUUUCUAUAGCUAUUACUGUUAUAUUCUUUCACAAUGUCACUAAAAAUGUCUCAUGUUAAAGUGAACUUGUGAGAUCAGUGGCAAUAAUGUUUCUAUAAUAUUUUUACUAUGUGAAUAACACCAAAAAAGUCGCGUAAUGGCCAUUAAAUUUAUAAUUAAAUUAUUAUAAAGUGAUAGAAUAUAGUCUAUAGUAUUUUAUGCAUUGUCAAGCCAAUAUUCUAAAGCAAGUGUCUCAAAUGGUUGCUUUAUAUAACCAGCAUGUACCUCAUAUGCAAUAUAGAAAUAAUACAUUA